AUGAGGGAAGAGGAGGUGGAGAAGCUGAGGGGGGUGGUGAGGGACUGCGUCAGCAAGCACCUCUACUCCUCCGCCAUAUUCUUCGCGGACAAGGUGGCGGCGCUGACAGGGGACCCCGCCGACAUCUACAUGCAGGCGCAGGCGCUCUACCUGGGCCGCCACUAUCGCCGAGCCCUCCACCUCCUCAAUUCCUCCCAGAUCGUCUUCCGCGAUCUCCGCUUCCGAUACCUUGCUGCGAAAUGCCUGGUACUUGAUGCUUCCAACCUUUUGCUCCUCUGUUUUCGCCUUUCUCUUUGUGUUGGGGUUCGUCUCCAACGUGACGCUUUACAGAACGUUGCAAGCAACCACUCGAUCAAACCUCCAAUAAUGUUUGCUUGUUUAUAUAUGUUUUCGGAAGAAGCAUACCUGCAAAAUCUUGAGUUCAUUUCCAGCUAGAAGGACUCGAAAGGAAAUUGUCUUUCUCUUGUGUCCGAACAUUGUGAGGCGAAACGGGAAAACCUCUUUGUCGCGUUAUAUACUAAUCUACAUACUAAUAAAUUUUGAAAUCAAGUGUAUCAGAAGAGCGCAUAACAAUUUACAAGCACAUAUAAUCACCAAUUUAGUCCCUUCCCAGUGAAUCCUCUUACUCAGGGGAAAUUGCAGGGGCUAGUUUUCCAUAGUGUUUGCCAUACUCUGAGAAUGAUGCUGUCUUACCUCCCCCUGGGCAAAGCUUCGUAGAUUAAUCUCUGGUAUCUAUAGGAAAUUAUUGAGAAAAUUUUCCCGAUCAGUUCUUGUGUCAAGCGUUCCUAUUAGUUUAAAGCUAUGUGACAUGUGAAUAAUUCUAAUCAGAAUUAAUCUCGACUUUUGAAUGAGUAAAUUUACUUUCAUUGUAUCGCGGAUUUGUGUGAGUUUAUACGUCGAAGAAGAAGAUUGGAUGUAUCCAUCUUUUACUAUAAUAAAUUAACGAAUUCUGCAGAGAACACUCCGAAGCAGGAUGAAAUUCUGUUGCAACUGGUAAAAUGUCAUCUCAACUACUUAAUGGGAGCCAUAUGUGCUGUAUAUAGAAAACAGUCCAACUUUUCAGUUUUUUCACAGAUCAAAAUAUCAUAAAACCUGGUAAGUUCCGAAUGUAUUCCGACAAAUUAAAAUUUUAAGUCUAAUAACUACUUAUAAUCUUGAAAAUAGCCAUAAAAGGGAAAAUGAAUGUGUAUUUCACAAAUGGAGUGGUUAGCAGCAAAGGCCAAGUCAUGUAAACAGAUACUACUGAGGAAAUAUAAUUUACCAUGAGAAAAAUAGUUCUCUGGUCAUGUAUGCUACUGCGAAAUUUCUUCCUUCUGUUGAUCGCAAGUAGCAUUAAUAAUAAUACCUUCUUAAAGUUUCACUUUUGUAACAUGAAUAACUAGUCAAAGUAAUAUAACAAAAGAAGGGAGAUGGAGAUAUGGUUUGACUUAAGUUGAAUGUGAGGAUACAUGAGAGAAUCAGGGGAUUAUAUCAUGCAUGGGAGUUGGAGUAGUGGAAAGAAAAGGAGAUAUGGCGAGGAAUUAAACUCUAUUAAUGGUCAUGUUUACAUUUUGAAGAGUCAUUUAAUUGCACACGGAAUGCAUUUAUUGAUGUAUGGAGAAUGACACAGAAUUUAAAGAUUGGCAACUAACCACCCUUUUGCUUGUAGAAGGAAUAGGCCAAAGUAUGAACAAUAAUUUUCACCAUAGAAGUAUUGCCCGAACUGCGAUAAUAAAUAAUCUGUGCGAUUUUCAUAUGUGAUGGAAUCAAUCUUUUCCGGUAUGCAGACUCCAUUAAGCUACAGUUUUGGUUAAAGUAUUUCAUUCCUAACAAGCCACAUAAGUAAUCUACAUACAUUGCUUACUUUUGAUACUAAUGUCCUAUGAGUUACAUUCUUUUUUCUAUUCAUCCGAAGCAUAUUUCACCUGAAACUGUCUUGUUUUACCAUUAGGAGGAACUUAAGGAAUGGCAUCAAUGUUUAACAAUGCUUGGCGAUGCUAAGGUAGAUGACCAGGGAAACAUUGAUGGUCUUAAAGAUUGCACUGCAAUGUAUUUGGAGAAGGAUGGAGAAGAUCAUGAAAUUAAUGUAAGUCACUUCUGCUGAUAGGUUCCAUUGUUGUGUAAACUCGCACAGUAUUCUUCACUGUUGUCUGUCUCGUCCCUUUUUUAAAUCCCCACAAGAAAACUUUCAUUUCUAUCUGUUUGAUUCGUAUUGCUUUAAUGAGAUCCCCACUGUUUGUCAUGCUCAAAUGUGAUGGUAGUGAGUACAAAUAAUUUUAGACGUUAUUUGCCAUGCAAGUUCAUGUUUUAUAUGCUUAUUGAAUCCAUCUUAUGUUCCACAGCGCAUCAUUGCAUGUGCCACUGCAUGAUUUACAUUGAAAUAUUGGUAGCAUCUCGUAUAAAUGGUUUCAGAAAUAUAAGUAAAUAUAGCCAUUGUAUUGAAUGGCUUCUCCAACUUGUAUCAUCGCCCCUUCACGGUCACAGAAUCGUCAUGUUCUCUUCUGUACUACUAUAUAUAUUUCUGAGCCCUCAUAAUUUACAGUGAGCAUGAUAAUAUUUAGUCUUCUUUCCUCUUAUUUACAUACUUGGUAAUUAAUAUUUUAACGUCAUAAUUGCUUGAAACGUGUCUUUAAUGUUAUUUUAUAUUUCCGGACGUGGCAGAUCAUAUCUGCAAUAUGCUUUUUACGUGGCAAGGCAAGUGAAGCUUUGGAAAAUCGCAACCAGGCUCGACAAUGGUGAACUUUACUAAUAUUUUCUCUAGCAUAAGGAACAUAUGUAUGUUACUGUCUGCACUAAACUAAAAUCUACGUAUGAUAUUUUCCUGUCCCGUGCCAUCAUGUAGAUGGUCUUAUGUUUCAGUACCAUUGGGUCAAAUAUUUUGCUUCUUAGAUAUUAUACUUUUGUGAUGGAUGCGAUGAUGUUCACAGGAUAAAUAAAGUAGGGAUAUUGAAUCGGGAAUGAAAUACAAAAUGGAUGUACAAUAAAUUUUCUUUAAGAGCAUUGUUUUGACUGAUCGUAUGCACUUCUUCAUAAUUCACCAAAUGAUAGUUUUUUCCAUAGAUUGCAGUUUUUGACACUAAAUGAGCUGUAAAUCAGUUGAGAUUCUUGAGAACUCUCAUGCAAUACUUUUUCAAUGAUAAUGUCUCAUCUAAAACGUCAAGAGUGAAUUGGUGACAUUUUGUAUAUGAUUUAAGUCUGGAGUGUUUGAAUUAUUAUUUUUCGAAUAUUCUUGAAAAACAUCCCGAGCUAUGUUAAACAACAUAUCUAGUUUUUCUUUUCCAAUAUUUACCGAGAUUUUUCUGAGUCAUUAGUGGAUGAAGUUUUAUCAAUCUGAAUCAUUCUCUCUGGUGGCAACCACUUGUUAAAUACGAAAACAUUGUUCACAAUGUCUUGGUCUGUAAAGGCUUAAAAAUAGCUUGAAAUGGUAUUCAUCUAUUUGUUGGAAACUCCUGUAUCUUUGAUUACCCUUGUUGUCAGUUUUAGUGUAUGCUGAUUUUGUAGAGCUUGAAGUCCCUAGUGUCCUUGCGUGAUUUUACUGGCCAAAUGUUGUAAGCAUUUUGUUAAGGUUGAUGUUUCUCGUAAAAAUCAUCAUUGUACUGGGGUUUUCGCAUAUGAAAUUUAGAGUUGGUUUGGAUAGUCUCGGCCUCCUUAAUAUUCGGUUUGGAUUUGAAUGUAAGCUAUGGGAAGUUCUUUUAUGUCUCUGUGUGGAUAAGUCUUGGCGAGAAGAAAUAUACCUUUCAUGGAAUAUUCUCAUCAAACAUAAUUUUACAGUUUUUUUCGAAGCUUUUUGAUUUCUGUUGAAAUUUAGCUAGCGAUUUCACGAUUACGUAAACUGAUUUUCUGUUGCAUUAUCAAUAUUGGUUCCUUGCCAUAUUUUGCAUGUAGCCUUUUUUGUUUUGUUUGGUGAUGUUAACUGUUCCUUCUGGAGUUCUAAUAUGUGUCUCUCUAUAGGUACAGAGCAGCUAUCAAGGUCGAUCCCUUCUGCUAUGAGGUGAACUGCCUCUUUGUUGAGUUCAGGUUUUGAUUCAUUUAUUUUUGUUGUUAUAAAUUGCCAUUCAUGAAAGUAGAAGGCAUCAUUAAGGAUAAUGCUGAUCUGUGUGAUGAGUCCUCGGGUGCCGAUGAGCUUGCUGGUGGUGGAAAUCCUUGAUCUUCUUUGUAUUUACUAAAUGGCCAUACCAGUUUUUUUUCUUUUUUGCGCUAUUUUUCUCUUUUUGACUUUUAAUCCCCUCAUAGCAAUUGCCAUGCAUUUUCCUCAUGAAUACCCAUCAUAUGCCAAAUCUUUCUGGUUUAAAAUUGUGAUUAUAGCAUUCUUCCUCUGCGUUUCAGGCUCUGGAGUGUUUGAUCAACAAUUGCAUGCUAACAUGUGAAGAAGGUGACGGAAGAAUCCUAGUCUGGCUCAUCUCAGUUCUACUCUGUAAUAACGUUCCCUCCAUCUUAUCACGUAUUUUCACUUCAUUUUACUGAUGUUCAUCUGCAAUUUCGCAUGCAUCAUUUACGUUGACUCUAGAUAGCUCCUACUGGUUCGUAACUCUUAUGUAAGACGCCUGCUAUUUAUUUUUUAUGUGACCAAAGUCUUGAUGUGUUAUUUUAUAAUUCAUCUCAGAGUCAAGUUUGUUAUCGUCGUUACAGUUUGCUGCAGAAGAUGGAUGGCUAUCAACAUUUUAUUCAUGCUUAUUGAAGAAGGUAAAGUUCUUCAAAUUGCCAUACUGCAACAUAAGUUGUGAUUUUCUAGGAUUACUGUGUAACUGGUGAUCAGGGCAUCAGAAUUGGUGUUUUUUCCCCCUUUCCUUCUUGAAGUAGGAAUUAUGAUUUCUGAACAAUUUGUCCCUUUAUUUUUAAGUGUGACAAGGAAAGUACUGUAGAAUCCAAAUUCAGUGAUCUUGAGAACGAAAAGUGUGAUAUCAGCUCCACAGAUUCAACAUUGUCUCGCACACUAAGAAACAACUCGGACUUGUUGACUUGCAAGGCUGAGUAUUAUCAUGAAUGUGGAGAGUAUCAGAAAUGUUUUGAACUUACUUCCACGUGAGUUUCCUGACACUCUAAAUUUAAUAAAGAGAGCUGUGAUGUUUCAUUGUGGAUGUUGACCGUCAUAAAUGUUGUUUCUUGUAAAGGCUGCUAGAAAGAGAUCCCUUCCAUUUGAAAUGUACGUUAGUCCACUUAGCAGCUGCUCUGGAACUUGGUCGCUCAAAUGAUCUGUAUCUUAUGGCAUGUGAUCUGGUGAAAGAGUAUCCUCAGAGGUAUGAUGUACAAGUUGCCUAAUACCUAUUGUACUAGGCAUAUCGUGAUGAUAUUUCAAAAGCUGGAUUCAAAUCCUGAAUAAGCACGACUAGUUUUGGUUUAUGCUCUGGUUCAUGUCUGAAUCAUGGAUUGCAUAUGCAAGCUGUUAUAUUGGUUAUAUAUUUAUGAAACGUAUAAUGGUUUUUAGAAAAUAAUGUAUAGGCUGUGUCAGUUUUAGGCUUUUUGAGUUUUUGGGCUAAACUUAUAGUUUUUUUAUGUAGUUGACCACUGAGACAGUUUAGCGGUAUUUUAUAUUAGAAGACAGGUUCACAUACGUGGUCAGUAGAGUCAGACGUCCGGGAGGCUGAGAAUGCUGCUAGCUUAGGUGUUGGUUUUUACUAUUUGGUAGUUUUUAUUUCUUGUUUUCUUUCACUUCUGCUAAACCUUGUCUGUUUUCCAUUUUUCUGAUCUUUUCGUUUUUUUUAAUGUUUUCGGCAGUUCAUCUGGGACGAGCAAUUUCACUUUUGAAUUGGCCAAUAUAGAUCACUUGAUCUGAUUUUGGAAAUGCCAGCUAAGAUUAGAACUAGCUCGGCAGGCAUUCAUGGGAGGCUUUCUCCACAGUUUUAUUUUAGUUUUUUUUCAGUAUUGGCUACAUCAGCAUACGUAAUGGUUAUACUAGUAUUGUACGAAACAUGCCUCGUGAUUCUUUCUUUUAAGCACUGAUUUAGUCUGAGGAAGCUUUUUUUUAUUAAUGAAGAUGAAAAAGCAGCGUAUAGUUCACGUUAGUAGUUAUGUUAAUGUUUAUCAUUCCUUUGCCUCCAUAAGAAAAAUGAUUUGCUGAUGGACCAUUUGCCAUUGAAUAGAGCUCUAUCGUGGUUUGCUGUUGGUUGUUACUAUCAGUGCAUCAAGAAAUAUGAUCAAGCACGGAGAUAUUUCUGGUAAUAGGUUGUUUUUUUAGAUUUUAAUGAUACCUUUAGAGCAAUUUUGUGUAAUGCAUUUGGAAUAUUUAUCCAAGUAUUCUUUUUAAUUUUAUAUCUUCCUCUACAAAAAGCUUUUAAUAUGCACUACUACGCCCAAACCUUUUACUUCUUAUGGUUUAUGGGGCACUCAGCUUACUAUGAAAACUUUAAUAUUAUGGUUUAUCUAAAAUUGGCUUAUCUAAUUCCUAUGUGAACAGCUUCUAAUUUCCAAAGUCAUUUGUCUAAAAUAUUCGUGAUAUAACUAGGAAGGCGUUUCAAGUACCCCACAUGAGUCACUGGACAUGCGAGCUUUAUUUAUCCCAAUGAUAUCUCUAUACGUGAGAAUCAACAUGUUCGGCCCUGCACUGUUCACAGAAUUUCGGGUCACCCACAUUAUCGUCUCCAUUGAUACGCAUGAAGUACACAUGAAGUUGUCUAAAAUUUUUUGCAAUUCAGUAAACAGAAGAUACAUCAUUGCUUUCGGAAUAUUUGCAGCAUCCAUUUUUUGUGGAUCUCCUUAUUCAUCUUUCCAAAGCUUGGAUUUAAUCAAUUUAUUUGGCAAAAUAGGGCCUGAAACUAAAUAAAUUUUUUGUUGGACAUAAUUGCAAGUGCUGUAUAGUUUACUUGCAUAUCUGUUUUAGACUUGUCCAUUGGUUUCGGAAUAUUUUUACUCUAUAUGAAAGAAAAUAUACAAUCACGUUCUGAUACUUCAAUGAGAUUCUCAUGUUUUCCUGUGGCAGAGAUGGGCACCAGGCUCCUUGAGUUUAAUGAGUUUAUUAUGUCGUAGCAACUGAAUAUUUCAAUAAAUCAGUUGGUCACUACACUUGGGGACCUUUAAUAAAAAUAAGUAAAUGAAUGAAUUGAAAUAAUGUUUGAGUAAUUUAUUCGAAGGGUAAAGGAUAAUAUUCAUUCAAGAAACGAAUUUUCUUUGACUGUCUAAUAUUUGUUGGGAUGAGAAAUGUAUCUUCCAUAUAAAAAUGAUUGAGCAUUAUAAUUAAUUAUUUGAUGUCAUCUACAAACAUGCGUCACAAAGAGGAACAAAUCUCCUAAAAAAAUUAUUUCUUAUCCCCCUACUGUUUGUGGCUGUAACAUCAGUAGUCUUACUUUCUUUGAUAUAAUAAAACCUGUGACUGCUUCUUUUAUCGAUUUUGCAAUAUUUAUUUUUAAUUGAAAGUACAUAUUAGUGCACCACUCGAAUCUGAAUGAAUAUCAUAUACUUGCUUCUCACUUUUUGCGAAUUUACCCGUACUUCUAACAAGACAAUUCGAUGCUUUUAUGUAGUAAGGCCACAAAUCUGGAUCCAACAUUUCCACCUGGUUGGUUAGGAUUUGGGAAUGCAUAUGCUGCCCAAGAAGAGAGCGAUCAAGCUAUGGCUGCCUUUCGCACUGCUGCUCGCUUGUUUCCUGGGUAAGAUUUUUCAAAAAACUUCAUAAAAUCAUUUUCUUUUGAUUUCCUUAAUGAGUACCAUAUGCAUGAGAAGUCGUGAAAUGCUGAUCUACUAGAUAUAAUUGGUCAGCAUAAAUAUUUCCUACUGUUUCAUCAUGUAAUCCGGUGUACUUAUUUAAGUUGUCACUUGGACUAAGGGCUCGAGGGAAUGGUGUGAGAUAGAUAUGCCAGACGGCAUUCACCGGCCUGGUACAGUUUAGAUGACCUAUGAAAAGAUUCACUCAGUGAGGUUCAACAUUUUCUGAGAUUUUCUGUCUUUGAGCGUCAGGAAACGUCUUGGACUAGAAAUUUUUCGCUUUAAAAGAUUUAUAAAUAAUUUUACUGACUUGAUGCUUUUAGAAAUGACCCUUCUGUCAAUAGCGGUUAAUCAGAUGCCUGUUAAAGAUGAUUUAAGGGCAGUCUGGGCUUACCUCGGUAACUAAAGGGUAUUUUUCCGCCUCACUUAUGGCGAAAAUACCAUAAAUUACUUUUACACUUGGGAAGCUGGUCGAGCCUAGUCCUGAGCGCCUUGCUGAAUGGGUUGGUCGAUUCUGCACAAACCCUCAUUUUGAAUGCCCUUUUGAACCCAUUUACUGCCUUUUAAAGGUUGGCCAAGCCAAGGUUUGUUAGGCCUGCAUUUCGAGGAGCAGGUAAGGGCUGCUCAGACCUUAAAAAAACCUCUUUGUCACGCUGUAAGGGAAGAAUUUAAGAUCUUAUGAUGGAUGAGUAACAAUAUGUUGUAAUGUUCAGAGAUUAGGUCCAGUCCGAUUUUAAACCUAAUUAUAUCUGAUAGAUUUAUUUCCUUUCUUGUCGGUUUUUGAUUUGACAACCAUGAAGUGUAGAUUUUCAUUCCACAUCCGCUCUCUAUGUCAGAUUGUGAUACUCUCUUAUUCAGGUGUCAUUUACCAAAACUCUACAUCGGGAUGGAAUACAUGCGGACACACAAUUUCAAACUUGCGGAACAGGUGAUUUUGGGGCUCGGAUUAUGGGACGUCCUCUUACAUAAUCACUCUGGUGGAGAUCAAUAGACCUCAUAUGGAACACAUUUGCAUUUGGAUCCAAUGAAGUUUUGUAGUCUUUACCAGUUUGUUCCUCAAUUUCGAUUUUUUAAUCUGUACCCGUGGUUAAUGAAUGAGUUAUCACUCAUUUGGUAACUGUACUGUGUAUUUACCGUGUAAAUUUAGGUCUGUAAGCUAGCCUCUGUUGUUUGACCGACAGGUGCCCUUGCUAGUCAAUUUUUUCUUUAUUAUCUUACCUGUAGUACUAUUAGGAUUCUGCCUAGUUUAUAGGUGCAUGUACGGUGUUCCUUUUUCUAAUCACUCUAUGAAUAUUUAGCCAUAAGAAAACGGACGCCUUGUAAUAAUAGAAAAGUAAUCAAAUGAAAAAUGUUUGAUUUUUCAAUGACAAGUAUUUAACCAUGAAGUUGUUUCUUUCUCUAGUUUCUUCUCCAGGCAAAGGCUAUAUGCCCUUUCGAUCCUCUUGUCUACAAUGAACUCGGAGUUAUUGCUUAUUACACCAAGGAGUAAGGAAAUUCCUGUAUUUCAAAAUGUUGAUUACUUUUACCUCUCCUCUUACGCAUUACCCUGUCAAAUGUGUCAGUUUCAUUGAAAUUUUAUGUUAUAGAUAAUUUUUCUGCUCAUUUCACCAUUUUUUAUUGAUUUUUUUCCACCGCUCCCUGCCACACGUUUAUAGGUACAAAAAAGCAGUCAGAUGGUUUGAAAAGACAUUGGCUUUCUUUCCAUCAUCACCCAGUGAAGUGUGGGAAGCAACUCUAGUAAAUCACGCACACGCAUUGAGAAAACUGAAGUAUGUACUUUGUUUUAGCAGAUUAUUCUUCACUUAUGACGCUUGUGCUGCGUUUUACUCAGAUAUUACUUGCCUCAAUUGUGGAUUCCAGUCAGUGGAAAAAUUAUUGUCUAAAAAUUACCCUUUUCAAUGUUCAAUUGUCUUUCAACUUUUUGAAUUGCCAAUCGACAUAGACAUUGGAUGUCAUUAAAUAAUUGUUCCUCUUUCUUGGAUAUAACAAAGCCACGUUUUUUUGUUUCAUUUUUGUCUCUCUCAUCAAUAAUGAGUCCACAGUUCAGUUUCUUUCACUGAAAGCGUGAGCGCAAAGGCAAGUUCGAAACCUCUGCUCUCACUCUAUUGUCAGGUCAACAUAUUUUUGGCAGGUCAACGUCAUGCGGCAAUUGUCACUCACAUAAACCUUUCAAUUUUUAUUCUAAAAUCAGGAGAAACCGACAAGUUUCGGUUCAUUUAAUCCACGGAAAAGAAAAAAAAAUGUUAUCUUUUGAAGUCUAUCAUAUUUCCUUAAUCCUGUGAAGUUCUCUCCCAUUAAUAAUAAUAUAGCAAACCUUUGGGCUACUCCGCUGUUUUUCUGAAUGAUUGAUUUAUUUCUGCUUUUAGAACCUUGAAUGUUAAGGUAUGUCUCAAUCGUGUGAGUCGUAUUUCAGGAGGUAUACUGAGGCUAUCACAUUUUAUGAGAAGGCGCUGGCGCUUUCUACCAGAAGCUUGAGCACUUACGCCGGACUAGCUUAUACGUAUCAUCUACAGGUACCAACUCAUGCUUUUCGCCAUUUUUUCUCUAUCGAAUGAUUUUUCGUUUCCUUUAUUUCCACGCUUUUUAUUUAUUUUUCCACUCAAUCUACUGGUGAAUGUCCUUGUCUAAUGGUACGAAUCAUUCGUUAAUUAUGUUCCAAUGGUUUGAUGUUCGUUUGUGUUGGGCUGGGCUUGGCCAGUUCCGGGCCUAUUGGAGCUGAAUGUUAUCCCUCGGCCCCACUGUAAGAAACCCCACUAACCAUUCACAAGAAACCCUCAUGGAGAGCUGCUCGCUCCCUCCCUGCCGUCCACAAACAUCGUUUGAAAACCCGAAUGUACAAUUAAUUUCCUAAUUGCCCUCGUAUUAUUUCAUCGAGGUCUUAUUAUGUUCCUUGCUGCUCUUGACGCAUCCUAAUCAUUUUCUCAGGAUGAUCUUGAUGCUGCAAUCAACUGCUACCACAAGGUACCAAGCUGUCAUUUACUCCCAUUGGAUUUGUAAUAACGAAAUUAUGCCCAGACCCGUUAUUUGCUGUUAUUUUUUCCGAGUCUUUUUUGCCAUCGUCACGUGUGGACCGAAGGCUGAAUGUGCGCCACUCUGUUUUCUAAUCAGGCCUUGUGGUUGAAACCCGACGACCAGUUCUGUACGGAGAUGCUCACAAAGGCCCUCGAAGAUGAAUCCCGCGGAUCAAGUAACUGGUGA